AUGCGCCAGACGGGCUGGGUGCAUGUGGGGGUGGGUGAAGCACGAGUCAAGGGUGUUCAGGAGGGUCAGGACGGUGAUGGGGAUCCCGGCACAGCACCCACUGCGCUGAGAGCUCUGCACACACUCUCCUGGGAGCACAAUAAACUCGGCUCCAGUGAGGACACCGACCAACAGACGGUUGAGUUACACGGCGCGUUCCCUCCCCCCCCCCCCCCCCCCCGCCGCCGGCGGGGCCAGGGCGGCUCCCCGCCACCCGGCACAGGCAAGGUCGUCCCCCUGCACCUGCACGCCCGCGGGGCGGUGGACAUUGACGCCCGUGGCCCGCCUACCCGACGCGGCGCCCUGCCCUCUGCCCCCGCAGCCCCGACGACACCCGCCCGGGGUCCCCGAGGUGAGUCAACCCUGCAAAGGAACCCCCCCCACCCCACCGCGUCCUCGAGAGCUGCAGGGCUGCGGGGGCGCGGGCGGCGAGGGCCUACCUGGAGUGCUGGCGGCUCCACGCCACGUCCCCGCCGCGCGUCCUCCGUCCUGCGUCCUCCCGGGCCUCGCCCCUCGUCGGGGAGCAGCUGGGCGCUGACCUCGGGCUGA